CAAAAAUUGAAGCAAGGGCGCACGGGGGAAGGGGUUUUGUGGGCCUAGAUCCUCUCCUACAGUCGUAGCGCCUUUGCGUGAGCAAUUCGGGAAGCUGCUCGAGAAGGAGCUAGACGAGCCGAGUGUGACACCCGCAGACUCGAAGACCAACCACGCAAACGCCUCGCAAGUCCUCGCCGGCCCGAGCCCAGCCGGUCUCGGUCACCACAUCACCCGGUUGCGCAAAAAGGCCCAACCAUCAAAUGCUCUACAGAUUCCGGCGGCCGGCGAUGGAUCGAUCGAUCUCGUCGUGGGAGGAGCUCGGAGCUUGACCGGCUGGGCCGGGCUCCGGGCCCAAUGAGAGAGACCGGGGAGACACGGAACCUUCGCUUCCGCUCUCGUCGUAGUGCUGGGGGUGCUACCGAGCGUUUCGUCGGAGUGGGGAGGGGGAGUUGACCGGGUGUCGAGAUCGGACGGGAAGGGGGCGAUUAAAUUUUCAUGUCGGAUGGAUUGAUUUGAGAGAGGAGGAAUGUAAUAGUGGACGAAUGCAGAGAGGUGGGUGGCGGAGGGAGGAGGGAGGAGGGGGUAGAGUGAGAAUGGGCAGCUGAAGAGGGAUUAGUGGGAGUAGUGGGAGGAGGAGUAGCAGUUUGCGAGAAGAGGUGGUCGUUCAUGGACUUUUGAAGGAGUGAAGAGUCACGACAAAUUGUUAUCCAAAAGCUCGGAGAUUCGUCUCGUGUCACGGCCCUUCAAGCGCAGCCACUGCUGGUACAGGGGAAGCAUAGAAGACAAGGGUGAAGACCUCGGGCUCCUGUUCCGAUGCCAGCGCAGCAGUGCGUGUGUGGAGCGUGUGCUUCUUCCCCAGAAGCCUCCCGAGCUCGCCUCCGAAUCCCACUCUUUGGUUUCAAGUUUAUUCGGUUCCAUUGAAUCUAGCCACUCAAUCCCACGCAGACACAUAGAGCGAGCGAGAGCGAGAGCGCGAGAGAAAGAGUAAGAGAAAGAGAGAAAGGGAGAGACCCCUAGGGGCUAGAAGAAAUCAGUUCGUCUGAGUCCUCGGUCGUUUCUCGGUCUCUGACCGCACUUCUUCCCCGACGCCGAGGCACCUCCUUUCGGAACGAGAUAAAGAGCUCGAGGUCUCGGAGUCUCGCAGUUCUCAAGCUGCUCCAGCUGCGCGUGCUCCAGGACCGAACCGAUUCCCCACCCCGUGAUCUGUCGAUUCUGCUGAUCCGCCUGCUGAAUUUUGGUCUCAGAGACAGCAUCUCAGGCGUCUGAUCUGCUCCGCCUCCGCUCCGCUCUUCUCCACUCGGCUCUGCUCCGUCGGGAUGGCGCUGCGACUCCCCGUUCACCCGGCGGUGGGCGCCAGUCUCAAGCUGAAUCAGCGCGCCUCCGCGCUCUCUGGUGACAGUCACCGGCUGGCGAAGCUGGGCGGCCUGAACAAGGCGAGCGGCAAUGGGCUGAGGAAGGAGUUCUUCGGCUCCCACCCGAUGGAGCCCGCGGUCCGUCCGUCCGCCAGCACCGCGCCUCCGGCGACGGCCGCUGCCCCCGUCGCCGCUCCAGUGGCGCAGGAAAAUUGGGACGAGCUCAACAAGUCGCUGGAGGGAGCUUCCCCGUUCGAGAUUAUGCAGAAGGCCCUGACCAUGUUCGGCAACGACAUUGCCAUCGCCUUCAGUGGAGCAGAGGAUGUCGCGCUCAUCGAGUACGCACAUCUCACAGGGCUGCCGUACCGAGUGUUCAGUCUGGAAACCGGAAGGCUGAACCCCGAGACCUACCGCUUGUUCGACGAGGUGGAGAAAAAGUAUAACAUCCAUAUCGAGUACAUGUUCCCCGACGCGUCGGAGGUUGAAGCUCUCGUCAGAGCGAAGGGACUCUUCUCCUUCUACCAGGACGGUCACCAGGAGUGCUGCAGAGUUCGCAAGGUCAGACCUCUCAGGCGAGCGCUCAAAGGACUCCGAGCCUGGAUCACCGGACAGCGACGUGAUCAGUCCCCUGGCACCAGGGCCAACGUCCCCGUCGUCCAGGUCGAUCCUGCAUUCGAGGGUCUCGAUGGAGGUCCUGGAAGUCUCAUCAAGUUCAACCCCCUCACUGCCGCGACCGGUGCAGAAGUGUGGAAUUUCUUGCGAACGAUGAACGUCCCCAUCAAUGCUCUCCACUCGCAGGGUUACGUCUCCAUCGGCUGUGAACCUUGCACAAGACCUGUCCUCCCAGGCCAGCACGAGCGAGAAGGUCGAUGGUGGUGGGAAGACGCCACCGCUAAGGAAUGCGGUCUGCACAAGGGCAAUCUGAACGAGCAGCAAACGACAGAGAGUGGCAUCGGAGCUGCCGUCGAAGUACAAGAUAUCUUCACGGGCAAGAACGUCACUGCUCUGAGCAGGGAAGAAAUCGAAAGGGCCACCGCGGAGCCAAGGGACAAAGCAGGUCUUGUGGUUCUGUAUGCUCCAUGGUGCCAGUACUCUCAGGCCAUGGAUGAAGCCUUCAACCAAGUGGCCGACACUCUCGAACACUCUCCAGUUCUUGUUGGGAAGUUCAGGGCCGAUGGAGACCAAAAAGCCUACGCUCAGCAGAAUUUGCAGCUUGUAACCUUCCCGACUAUUCUUUUCUUCCCGAGGGGAACCAGGGCGGUUGUCAAGUACCCCUCGGAACGUAGGGACGUGGACUCUCUCCUGGCCUUCGUAAAAUCCUUCCAAUAGCUAGUAAUCCCCGAGCUGUAAAAUAGCCCGUCGAGCGAUAUAUUAUUGACUGUAGGAAUGGAAGUGCCGUCAGCACUUGGUUAGCUUGAUACAUUAUCACAUUGCACAACCUGCAGAGGCGGAUCUGCCUAGAGCCCGAAUUAGAGUUAUAGAUUCCUGUUUUGUUACACCGUCAAAUUUUGACUGAGAGAUUGACGGCUAAGAAAAAGUUUUAGCGGAGAAAUGAUUGCGCAUCAGAUAUUCUGUCUCGCUGUCUAGAUUUCAGUCACUGCGAGGUUGGCGGUCUUGUUCCUAUUCCAGUUUUAUAAAUGUUAAGGUGGUCUUCUGUGUC